AUGGACUAUGUUGGCCAGAGGACGGGAUGGAACAUGACAUCACUAGGAAAACUCGCUGAUCUGGCCGAUAAUCUCAUCGAAAUCGACAUGUACAAUGCCUCAUAUCCAGACUGGCUCCUUCGUCCAGAAUUGCCAGGUUACGAUAAAGACAAAAUCAUCAACGAAAUAAUGGGUUUUGUGAAACUUUUCGAUACCGUUUUGAAUGAAACUGCUCUCAUCCAGCACACCGAGGUGACACUCGCUCUCAUGAAGCUCAUUGGAAUAGAACGCGAGGAUUGA